GCGGCGGAAUGGAAGGAAUGAGCUCUUCCGGGUCAUCCUCAGAUUCAGAUUGCUUGUGUUGUUGAGGCUCGAGUUUGCUGUUUUCUCGCUCUUGUCUCUCCUCUGUUCAUGUCACAGUGAUGUAGAUGAAGGGAAUAUUUGAGGCUCUCCAUGUCAUGCUCUCCCGGCCUCCGUUCCGCGGGAUUCGGCGUGAAGACUGAGGCGUGAACGUCUGUAAAGGAGGAUGUGGCAGAGUGUUGGUUUGACCGUGUUGGUGAUCGUGGCCACGCUGAUAUGUGUCCUCCUCUUCAUGAUCUUCGGCUGGUAUGUUGUGUGGCAGCUCUUCCUGUCUAAGUUUAAGUUCCUGCGGGAGUUGGUGGGAGACACUGGUUCCCCGCAGGCUGAAACCGAGCCCUCUGAGUCCGAGGGGGAACGCAGCUCGCCCCCGACACCCCGCCACCGACCCAAAACCGCUCGCCAAAGGAUGGUCCCUCCUGACAGCACUACAUAGAGCCCUGAAGCAGAUCUCCUCCAGCUCAGCUCAUAACCGUUAUGCUGUUUUAGGCUGGACAUGAAGUUAUUUCUGCAUCAGUCUCUGUGCUCUCCUUCACAUCUGCUCAAUCAUCAUGGCUACACUUGUUCACGGUGGGUCUGAAGUCACGGUUUCUUGUAUGAACCAGCUCAGCCACACAUUCAUGUCCUGACUAACACACUGCUACCCUCGGCUCCGGCUGCGUGGAUGUGUCAUAUAUUUAUGCGAGAGCAUAUCGAUACGUAUUUGUUAUCAUUUAACCAAUCUAUCAAUGACACAAGCUCACUAAAAACAGGCCGAUGAGCAAACUUCCAAUGUUUCUGUGAGCUAACCGCACUACUGACUCUGACAUUGAUGGAAGCCUGUUUCUGCCACGGAAAUAAAAAAAAGGUAAUUA